AUGGCUCUGAGUUUCAGAAUCCAGCUGCAGGUCCUGCUGCUUCUGGCCGGCCCGGGAUUGGGAGCCCCGCCCAAGGCAGGGGAGCGAAGACGAGAAGCGGAGGUCAAGACUUGGAAGAUGAGUGAAGGGUCAUUCGCCACCAGCCCCUCCAGGUCCCAACCCAGUGGCAGGACAAUGUCUGGACUCCCAGAUCCCCCAAUACGCAGCAUUCGACCUUUUAAGUCCAGUGAGCAGUACCUAGAGGCAAUGAAAGAGGACCUGGCUGACUGGCUUAGGAAUCUCUACGAGCUGGAUAUUGACUCGGCCAACUUCCUGGAGAUGCUGGAGACCGGCCAGCUGUUGUGCCAACAUGCCAAUGCAGUCACCCAAGCUGCGCAGGACUUCCUGACCCAAUCUCCAGCUUUGGCCCAGAAAAUUUGGCUGCCCAGAUCUGGGGUUUGCUGCAAUGGGGCAGCCCAGCCAGGUACCUUCCAGGCUCGGGACAAUAUCUCCAACUUCAUCCAAUGGUGCCGGAAGGAGAUGGGCAUCAAAGAGGUGCUGAUGUUUGAGACAGAGGAUCUGGUGCUUAGGAAGAACGAAAAACAUGUGGUUUUGUGCCUGUUGGAGCUGGGACGGCAAGCCUGGAGGUUUGGGGUAGCAGCUCCCACCCUGGUGCAUCUGGAGGAGGAAAUUGAGGAGGAGCUGCGGCAGGAGCUGGCCCUGCCCCCACCUGACCCUCCUCCACCAGCUCCCCCUGCCCGCCAAGCCUGCCACUUCAAAAACUUGGACCAAAUGGUGCAAAAUCUGGUGAGUCACUGUACCUGCCCCGUGCAGUUCUCUAUGAUCAAGGUGUCUGAAGGAAAAUACCGAGUGGGGGAUUCCAACACACUCAUCUUUGUCAGGAUCUUGCGAAGUCACGUGAUGGUCCGAGUAGGGGGUGGCUGGGACACACUAAGCCAUUACCUGGAUAAACACGACCCCUGCCGAUGUACCUCUCUCUCUCACAAGAUGGGCAGCCCCCAGAAGCCGCAGAUUUCCCUAGUACAGCAUGAGGUGAGAGUACAAGCGGGUCCUGCACAACCUCAGCCCAUUCUGACCAUCAGCCGCUCCCAGAGCCCUCUGCCCCCAGUGGAUUGGAAGACAUAUACACCUCCAGGCCGCAAGCUGCGACAUCCCACCUCCUGCUCCCCAAGACCUCAUGAUAGGUGGGGGGCAGGUGGAGGGUCUCCAGGAGAGACAGCUGCACCUCAGAGGAGCCGGGAAAGAUCAUCCACCCCAUCCCAUCAGCUGUCACCAGCUGGAGACAUAUCCUCCAGAUCCCAGUCCUCACUCACACAAAUCUCGUCCUGUCGGCAAUCACCAGCUGGAGAUGUAUUCCCCAAAUCCCAGUCCUCACUGACACGAACAGGCCAGGAUUUGCAGCGGGUUCCUUUAGGACAAUGGAAAGGCAGGUGCUCACCUGAGGCUUUCAGGGGAGGGACCCCUGCCCACUGGAGCCCUGGAGAGACGGACAUCCAAGAAAGAUGGGUCACUGAUUCUACUCCUCAGAGGGUCUCAGCCCCUGAGAUGGCUCCUAAAGAAUCACUGGGAAGAGUUCUGUCUACCCUACCUGGUUCCUCCAAUCUAUCCAAGCCCUUUACCCUCAAACAGUCCCUUCUGGGUACUGGGAAGCCUUCCCAGGAUCAGGCACCAAGAAUCAUUGCCUCCCAACUUAAGGACACUGGGAUUGUUCGAUCUUCUUCCCCUAUUAAAGGGGUCACCAAGAUCCCCAUCUGCUCAGCUCCUAGUUGCCCAGAAUCUGGAAAUGGUAUCCCAGUUCCUACAACAGAAACAGGGAGAGACCCCACAACCAUAAGGGCCAAAGCUGGGGGAAGAAACACCCCUCAGCUCAGAAAUGGAAAUCAGUCCCUGGAGGUGAGGUCAAGAGGCCAGGAUCAGACACUGGGCACUGUAACAGGGGCUGUAAGAGACCAUCCACCCAGGCACCAGCACGGAAGACAGACAUUUACCACUCUGACCAUUGACAAAGCCAAGGAACAGGCACUGUACCAGAGCCUGGAAGAUGAGAUCUUGACCAAUAUCGAGGUUCUAGAGGCCAGAGGGGCCCACCCAGGAGUGAUUCCUUGCCCCACGGAGCCCUCAGCAAAGCAUGUUCCUCGAAGUGGUGUGUACAUUCCCCACCCUGGGGCACGGUGGCCAGUGCCUGGGGCUCCUUAUGAUAGUGUCAUUCGAGAACUGGCUCUAGAGCCUCCAGCCCUCCUCAAGGUGGACAUGGGUAGCUGGGGGAUGCCCACCAUGCAUACUCCCGAGCUAGACAUAGCCCAGAGCAAGUGUGACUCAGAGGAAAACAGGAGCUUGGAAGGGAAUGGGAUGGGAAGGAAGGCUGGUGCAAGGGUCAGAGGCACAAAAGUGAAAAAAGCGCCAGCUCCAGGAGAACAGGAAGGCCAGUCUAGGGCCCCAUUACUUGAGACCAAUGGCAAUGAAAUACCUCAACCCAUACCCACCUCAGACUUGGAAAAGUCCAAAGUGCCCACAGGGAAAGGCAGGAGGAUGUUGAAGAAGCCAGAGAGGAUACCAUCCAUUUAUAAGCUAAAGUUGAGACCCAAGAUCCGACCUCGUCGAGACCACCGUCCAGAAAAGCGGCCCUCCCGGAUUCCCACUCCCCUGGCCUACCGCCAGAGCCAACCCCGGGUGCCUCCUACCGCCCCUAGGUUGAAGGUUCAGCUGAGCAGUGCAGGAGAUGGGGGUUCAGUGGACGAGGAAGAGAUCUCCCCAUCAGAUGUCAGCACUGGCCUGUCCACUGAAAGCCUGAGAUCACAACCUGCUGGUCCAUCCUGGCUCCCACAGGAUGAUGAGGAGUCUUGGGUCUGA